AUGGCUCUCCAAUUCGUACCAAAAUCUUCGGAUAUAUGUGAAAAAUCACUCAAAAAAUUCAUUUCACUGGUUGGAUCUGUAGAGAAGCUACUGAUUGUCACUGGAGCUGGGAUAUCAACAGAAUCAGGUAUUCCGGAUUACCGCUCAAAAAAUGUUGGAUUAUACGCCAGAACCACUCAAAAGCCGCUCUAUUAUCACGAGUUUAUGAAAUCAAUUGAAUGCAGGCAGAGCUACUGGUUACGACACUUUCUCUCCUGGCCAACAACUAGUCAAGCUGCUCCAAAUAUCAACCACCACACGUUGGCUAACUGGGAGUCAUCAGAACAAUUUCUGUGGCUUGUCACACAAAAUAUUGAUGGCCUUCAUGUAAAAGCUGGAUCAGACAAAGUGACAGAGCUCCAUGGCAAUUGGCGAUAUGUCAAGUGUACAACGUGUGGAUAUACUGAAACCAGGAAUGCGUACCAAGAGAAGUUGGCAGAAACAAAUCCGGACUUCCAACAUGUCCGGUGCAAAGAAGUACCGAACGAAGUGACAGAAAUGCCGUCGAACAUAGCGAAUUCUUUCAAUGUUCCCACAUGCCCUUGCUGUGGCGGAAUCAUGAAAACCGACGUCACCUUCUUUGGAGAGACACUGUCAACGGAAAAACUGAAUUUUGCAUUCGAAAAAGCUAACGAAUGUGGCGGUAUUCUAACUCUGGGAUCUUCGUUAGCAGUUCUACCAGGAUCUCGGCUAGUUCAUCAGGCUCACUCUCAGAACAAACCGAUUUUCAUUGUGAACAUUGGACCAACCUGUGUGGAUCAUUUGGCAACGAUGAAGUUGGAAAACAAGAUUUCAGAUGUUUUGAAGGAAAUCUAA